UUCAACUCCUUACUCUUUGCUUUUACUUCAAGUUCUGUUUUGAAUCCGAAUCUGUCUGGAAGUGUAGUUCAUCUGAACAGCAAAUCAUUACUGUGGUGAUUUCCUCCUCUCUCUCCUUUUUUUUUAUUUCAGCAUUGCUUGAUUGUGUUAUUCUACAUCUUCUAUUUCUUUUUAAUUCAUACAGAUUCAAUCAAUUUAAUUAUAUUUAAAAAUGUCUUGGCAAGCGUAUGUUGAUAAUCAAAUCUGUUCUCAAGUUUCAUGUAAAAUUGCCGUUAUUGCUGGCCUUCAAGAUGGUACCGUAUGGGCUAAAUAUGAAGCAGAUGAACAUUCUAAAAUAACUCCUGAGGAGUUGAAAGCAAUUGCAGACACUAUGAAAAAUAAUCCUGGAGCUUUUCAAGAAACUGGUAUCCGUUUCGGAGGUGAAAAAUUUUUCUGCCUACACGCUGAAAACAAUUUACUUCGAGGACGUAAAGGAAGCUCGGCACUCUGUAUUGUAGCCACUAAUACAUGUUUACUUGCUGCUGCCACAACAGACGGUUUCCCCCCUGGUCAAUUAAAUACAGUGAUUGAAAAAUUAGGAGAUUAUCUAAGAAGCUCAAACUACUAAGCCAAUCAAUCGUCGUCAUCGUCAUACCUGUAAAAGCAAGAGACAAAUAAAGCAGGGAGUCGCAAAAAUUUUUCGGAAAUAGAGAUUCGUAUUGAUUUUGUCCAAUCAAAAAAAAACAAACAAACAAAAACCUAAGGCUUCGUAUUUUAACCUAAUGGCUGGGCUUGGAAUUCUAAAUAACAUUUCAAACUUGUAUAAACAAAACAAUUUAAUAAGAAAAUUGCCUUUCUAUGGGAAGAAACCGCACUAACUUACCGCUCUACAGCCACCAAUUAACAAGCAUAUUAUUAAUGAUUGAAGACAUGUAAAAUGUACCAUCUGUAUGCAGAUUGAUAGACGUUUUGUGUUGAAUAAAAUGAUUUGAUCAAACAUUGGAUAUGGAAAAAACGAAAA